AUGGCAUCUCCAUCAACAGCUACAAAAAGUAGUAGCAGCAGUCAGUUUAAUAAUGUUAAUACUAAAAAUCAAAUCAACCCAGAAGAAACAAGCAGCUUAUUCUCAAUCUUGACAUUAUCAUUUAUGAAUAGAUUGAUGAAAGUUGGUAUGAACAAACAUUUGGAUUAUGAUGAUAUGUAUCCAAUCAACAAGCGUGAUCGAUCUGAUCUGCUAUAUAAACGUUUCAAAAAGCAUUGGGAUAGAAAAAGGACUGAAACUGAACCAAAGAAACAAACCAAGAGAGAUUCAUCAUCGUUGCUCAUUGAUAACUUUGAUGAUGAUCACGACCCAAAAAAGAAUCUUAAAAAGAGGGCAUCACUAAUCAAAGCAUUAUUCUCUGUAUUUGGAUGGGAUUAUUUCAGUCCUAUGAUCUUUAAGAUACUUGGUGAUGCAUCUGAAAUGAUGUUUCCAUUAAUGGUCUAUAAAAUUACCAAUUUUGUCCAAGAUCAAUCACAACCAUACUAUUAUGGAUUAUUAUAUACAAUUAUUUUAUUUCUAUUAUAUUUAUCAAACGUAUUUUUUAUCUCUUAUUGGGAUUAUAGAACUCAUAUCGCAUCAUUUAACGUUAGAACUGCUUUAAUCAAUACUUUGUGUGUAUCAAAUUCAGCAACAACAAGAGAAAACGAAGAAGAAAGUAAAGGAAAUAUUAUGAAUUUAAUAUCGGUUGAUAUUAAUAUGGCAACAGACCUCUUUCUUUAUCUUCAAUACCCUGUGACUCAACCACUUCAAUUAAUCGUCGCAGGUGUAUUAUUAUUCAAAUUAUUAGGUUGGGCCUCCCUAGUUGGAGCUGGAACCUUUCUUUUAUUUUUACCACUCAACUUUUUAACAGCAAAGGUGGAGUACUCUUUUUUUGAAGAAAUUAUGACAAAAAAAGAUAUUAGAAUCACUCAACUCACUGAAGCUAUUAAUAGCAUCAGAGUAUUAAAAUUUUAUGGAUGGAUAGAUUUAAUCUAUGACAAGAUUAUGAAAAUGCGUAAAGCUGAGGUUAAAGUACUUCAAAAGUUAAAUAUUUUUAUUGGUUUAAACGAUUUAUUUUGGAAUACUUUACCAAAUUUAGUAACAGUAACAACAUUUUCUUCUUUUGUAUUAUUUGGAAAUGAUUUGGAUGUUACUACAAUUGUAACAGCAUUGUCCAUUUUAUAUAUAGCUCGAUCACCAUUGAGUAUUUUGCCAUCUAUUUUCUCUAGUAUAUCUAUUGCAUUUGUUUCAAUGAAAAGAGUAGAAAGAUUUUUAUUAAAUGAAGAGUUGGAGGAACCAAUUGUUAGCGCAUCAGGUGUUACCACAUUUGGUGAACAAGAGUUGGAUCUCGACACUGGUCAUUUAGCAAUUCAUUUUUCAAAUUCAUCUUUCAAGUGGUCACAUAUUAUAAUUGACCAAGAAGAAGAAAAGGAAAAGGUUACAAAAGAAAAAGAAGAACCUUUAACAGAAAUGCAAGAAAAUAUUUUAAAAGAUAUCAAUUUACAAUUCACAAUUGGAUCUCUAAGUGUAAUUAUUGGAUCAAUAGGUAGUGGAAAGAGCAGUAUUUUAUCAGCAAUAUUGGGAGAUAUGAAAAUAUCAAGUGGAAGUUUAUCAAGACGUGGUACAAUUGCCUAUGUUAGCCAACUUUCAUGGAUUAUGAACAAUACUUUGAAAUCAAACAUUUUAUUUGGCCAUUCAUUCGAUCAAGAACGAUAUGACUGGGUAUUAAAAGUCUCUUGUCUUUUACCGGACCUCGAACAAUUCCCAGCCAGAGACUUGACAGAGAUUGGAGAAAAGGGAAUUAAUCUUAGUGGUGGGCAAAAACAACGUGUCUCAUUGGCAAGAGCUCUCUACUCAAAUGCUGACAUUUUUCUUUUUGACGAUCCAUUGGCAUCGUUGGACUAUGGAAUUGCGAUUGACAUUUUUCAAAAUACCAUUCGAAAUUUGAUGCCAUCAAAAACUGUUAUUUUGGUUACGCAUCAAAUGUACCCACUAGAAUAUGCAGAUCAAAUCAUAGAAAUGUCACAUGGCACUGUUAAAAGUGUAUCUACCUAUGAUCAAUUUGAUAAAACUCAAAUCAAUGUUUAUAAGUUACAACAAGAUGAAAAGGAAAAAGAAAAAGAAGAAAAAGAAGAAGAAAAAAAAGUGGAUCAAGAAGAAAAUUUUGAAGAUGAAGAAGAUGGAUUAUUGGUUGGAGAAGAAGAAAGAAAGUUUGGUAAAGUUAGUUAUAAAACUUAUUUAAAAUAUUUAAAAUCAAUUGGAACCAUUUAUUUUAUUUUAACAUUUUUUAUGAGUAUAAUUUCGCCGGCAUCAAAUGUUUUUGGUAAUUAUUGGUUAAGUCGAUGGACAGAGGACUGGGACAGUCUCAAACACUCGUCGUUGGCAUUUUAUUUGGGUAUUUAUUUUGGUUCAGUAGUCCUUUCUGGUACUGCUUCUUUUCUUUCAAACAUUGUCAAUUCAUAUGCAGGAUUGUCGGCUGGUGUCCAAUAUCAUAACAUAUCGUUGGACAGAGUAUUAAAUUCACCUAUUCAGUUUUUCGAUCAGAAUCUAUCUGGUCGGAUCAUUAAUCGUUUCAGCAAAGACACAUCUGUGCUCGACAAUCAAUUAGCACUCUCUUUGUCACGUGCCAAAGACUCGUUCUUUUCCAUCCUCUCUGUAUUUAUCAUGAUUGCUCUGGCUGUCCCGUAUGCUCUACUCUCAGCCAUACCCGUCAUUAUUGGCAUGUGGUACUUAAAAGAUUGGUAUUUAAACAACGCAAGAGAGCUCUUUCGUCUGUCUAGUGUUUCACUAUCGCCAGUGCUCACUCACUUUUCCGAAACCAUAGGUGGUCAAAACAUCAUAAGGGCGUUUGGAGCCAACGAAAGAUUUGCUAAAGAUAUGAUGGACAGGGUAGACAACAACACUAGAAUCUCAAUGUAUGAAAGAUUUGUCGGUAUCUGGGCAACAAUCAGAACAGAGACUAUUGGUGCCACCUUUGUCAUUGCUACUUGUGUUGCUGCCACAUUUCUAAGACACCAAGUAUCCCCGGCUCUGGUUGGUCUCGCGAUUACAUAUGCUGUAAAUCUCUCGAGCGAGCUAAACUCUGCUUUCUAUGUCGCCUCUGAAGUAGAACUAUUUAUGAACAGUACCGAGAGAAUGGAGUUUUAUCGUUCUUUAAAGGUUGAAAAAUCUACUGGACGGUAUUCCAAAAAACAAAGUAAACCUUUAAAAGAAAUUGACAAUCAACCUUUGUUGGGAGAUCAACUAAAAAUCAUAGCCCCACCAAAUGAAUGGCCACAAACUCCAAAGAUUGUAUUUAGAAAUUACUCUAUGCGAUAUCGUGAAGAGUUGGACCCAUCUCUGGUCGAUAUCAAUCUCGUCAUUGAAGCAGGAACCAAAGUUGGUAUUUGUGGUAGAAGUGGUGCAGGUAAAUCAAGUUUGUUACUUUCAUUGUUUAGAUUGGUUGAAGGAUGCCAAGGAUCAAUAGAAAUUGAUGGCUAUGACAUUUCAGAGAUACCACUCAAUCUUUUACGUCAAAAGAUAUCAGUCGUUGCACAAGAUCCAGUAUUGUUCAAUGGAACGUUGAGAUAUAAUCUCGAUCCCUUUGACUUGUGCAGUGAUUCAGAAAUCAAUCAAGUAUUGGAUCGUGUUCAAGUAAAAGACAAGUUGAUUCGUAUUGGAAGCCAUCAGCAGCAAACAACAUCAGUUUUAGAUUUACAAGUAACAGAUGGUGGAGCUAAUUUCAGUGUUGGUCAAAGACAACUCAUUUGCAUGGCCAGAGCCCUAAUUCGAAAGUCUAAAAUCAUAGCUUUUGAUGAAUCAACAGCAUCUGUAGAUUUGGAAACAGAUUCCAUCAUACAAAAGACCAUAAGAGAGGAAUUCAAUCAAUGCACUGUUAUCACUAUAGCUCAUCGUCUCAAUACCAUUGUUGAUUAUGAUAUGUGCGUAGUCAUCUCGGAUGGUAAAAUCAAACAGAUUGGAAAACCAUCAGAUAUUAUUCAAUUGGUUUAA